CGAACUGAGUUAGGUUAAGUUGGUGUUUUGGUUUUCCCCACGUUGUAUUCCAAUUUUCCAGCACAUGUGUUUGACUUUUAUAGAAGAAUUUAAUCAAUUUUAGAAAUGAGAAAUCAUUUAAGUCUUCUGAAUACCUAAUUUUUAUUCAAGCGUCGGUUUCAAUCCUGACCCUCAGUGCACGUGACAAGUUUUACAGGGGCGAAGACAUACCUUUUGAAGGCACACACAAAUUCAACACGGGCAAACAGUUAUUUUGCGUAUCAUCAAGUUGUCACGAUGAAGCGACUUUCGGAAGCACAAACAAAGACUUUGUUCACCAAGCUCGCCAACUAUAUCGGAGAAAAUAUCGAAAUGCUGAUAAACAGACCUGAUGGCAUUUAUUGCUUUCGAGAGCAGAAUAGCAGAAUUUACUACAUUGCAGAGAAAGUGCUCCAACUUGCAGGUUCUAUUCCACCAGAAAACUUGAUAUGUUGCGGCACAUGCUUCGGCAAAUUCACAAAAUCGGGGAAAUUCCGACUCCAUAUCACCGCUUUAGAUUACUUAGCUCCAUAUGCUCAGUUUAAAGUUUGGGUAAAACCAGCAGCCGAGCAGUCUUUCUUGUAUGGUCGCCAUGUGUUGAAAUCAGGACUUGGAAGAAUAACUGAAAGCACGCCUCUUCAUCAAGGAGUUGUUGUUUUAUCCAUGAGUAAUAUUCCUAUAGGUUUUGGUGUUACAGCUAAGAGCACUACAGAAUGUAAACACGCAGAUCCAGUCGCAAUAGUUUGUUUUAAUCAGAGUGAUAUUGGAGAGUAUAUUCGUUGCGAGGAUGAACUUGUCUAAAAAUUGAAACCUUUUUUGUAUUAUAAUUGUAAUAUAGUUUUAAUUCUUUUAA